AUGCCGCCCAAACUCGAGGAUGCGCCCUCCAGAGGCCAUUCGCGCGACUCGUCGACGGCCAGCGCCCGCCACGCCCACGCGCCCCUGACCCCGAGCCAGCUGCGACAGGCACACGCGCCCUCGGACCGCUCGAGCAGCCCCGAGGAGACGAUGCACCGGCCGCGCCGCCAGUCGUACUACGACCACGAGCCGCAGCAGACGGCAGAGAACACGGCGCCCUACAGCAUCGACGCCCAGGCGGAGACGCCCUCGGCGCACGACGGCGUUGUCGAGGUCGACCUGGACCCGACGGUGAGGACGAGACUGCUCGACGAAUGGAGCGCGCGGCCCGGUGUGGCCCGCAACUACGGCAGCUUCGCGGGCAGCGUGCACUCGAGUGACAGCUUCGGCGGCGCGUUCCCUGGCCUGUCGCGGUCGGCCGCGGGCGAGGGAGAGGCGCCCGAUGCGGCGCACGCGCUGCUGGGCGAUGCCUUUGCUGACAGCGGUGCCGACAGCGUCGCCGACAGCGGGGACCGGAAGAAGAUGAGCACGACGCGCUGGCUGGCCGAGCGCCACGGCAUCAAGAGCCAGCGCCUGAUGUACCUGCAGUACUACGUUCCCGUGCUGAACUGGACACGGCAGUACAAGUGGAGGUACCUCAAGGGCGACCUGGUCGCUGCCAUCACCAUGGCCUCGUUCUACAUCCCCAUGGCGCUGUCGUACGCCUCGAACCUGGCCCAUCUCCCGCCCGUCCACGGCCUGUACAGCUUCGCGAUCAAUCCGCUCAUCUACGGCUUCCUCGGCACCUGCCCGCAGAUGAUUGUUGGUCCAGAGGCCCCUGGAUCCCUGCUGGUCGGCGAGAUUGUGCGCGAGAACAUCAAGAGGGGCACGUCCGGCGAGGGCGACGGCAGGCUGAACGCCGAGAUUGCAGGCAUCGUCACGUGCAUGGCUGGAGCCUUCAUCUUCAUGGCUGGACUCUUCCGCCUCGGCUUCCUCGACAACGUGCUCAGUCGGCCGUUCCUGCGAGGCUUCAUCAGCGCCAUUGGUGUUGUCAUCUUCAUCGACCAGCUGAUCCCCGAGAUGGGUCUGGCGCGCCUGGCAGCCAAGCAUGUCGCCCACGGCAGCUCGCUGGACAAGCUGGUCUUCCUCGCCAAGAACAUUCACCGCGCGCACAGGCUCACCUGCGCCAUGUCCUUUACCGCAUUCGCCAUCAUCAUGUUCUUCCGCGAAUUCAAAAAGCGCCUGCAGCCUCGCUACCCCAGCGUGGCCUACAUCCCCGACCGCUUCGUUGUUGUCGUACUCUCCGCCGUCCUGACCUGGCACUACCGUCUCGACCAGCACGGGCUCGCAGUCCUGGGCGACGUCAACUCGUCCGGCAGUCUCUUCUCCGUGCACUUCCCCUUCGACACGUCCCAUCUCAAGUACGUCGGCGACGCCGUCAACACGGGCCUGAUCAUCGCCCUGCUCGGCUUCUUCGAGUCCUCGGUGGCUGCAAAAUCCCUCGGCGCAGGCGACUCCCAAAAAGACGGCGUGCAGCUCCCGCUGUCUGCAAACCGCGAGCUCAUCGCCCUCGGAACCGCCAACAUGACCGGCGGCCUCUUCAUGGCCCUCCCGGCAUUCGGCGGCUACGGGCGCUCCAAAGUCAACGCAUCCACCGGCGGCCUGACGCCCAUGUCCAACAUCUUCCUCUCCCUGAUCACAAUCCUCAGCACCGUCUUCUUGCUGCCGUACUUUUACUACCUCCCAAAAGGCGUGCUGUGCGCCAUGGUCAGCGUCGUCGCCUACUCGCUCGUCGAGGAAGCGCCGCACGAUAUCAACUUCUUCCUCAAGAUCCGCGGCUGGUCGGAGCUGCUCCUCAUGGGGCUAAUCUUUUGGAUCACCAUCAUCUGGGACCUGAAGCGCGGCAUCGGCGUCGGCAUCGGGCUCUCCAUCCUCCGCCUGAUCAAGCACAGCGUGCGCCCGCGCAUCCAGAUCCUCGGCCGCGUGCCAGGCACCACGAACCAGUUCGCCAACGCGGAGCUCGACCCCGACAGCCUCGAGUUCGUCGAGGGCUGCCUCAUCGUCAAGAUCCCCGAGCCGCUCACCUUUGCCAACACGGGGAAUCUGCGCUCGCGCCUCAGCAGGCUCGAGGACCACGGCACGGGCGCCGCGCACCCCGCGCUCCCGCGCAUCCGCCGCCGCGAGCACAACAAAAACGUCAUCUUUGACGUGCACGGCGUCACGUCGCUCGACGGCGCGGGCGCCCAGGUGCUCUCCGAGAUUGUCGCGGGCUACCGCGCGAGAGACGUGCGCGUCUUCUUCUGCCGCGUGCCCGGCCCCCGCAGCCCUGUCUAUCAGCUCUUCGACAAGAGCGGCAUCGUCGACAUGUGCGGCGGCCCGCGCCACUUUGUCGGGAGCGUCGAGGAGGCCCUGCGCAUGGCCGAUUUGGAGCGCCUGACCGAGGAGAUGGGGAGCGAGGCCAGCGGGAGUCGCCCGGCGAGCGGCCUGGGUGUUGUGCGAUGA